CCUUGGGGUGAGCCUGUGUGGUAUGCCACCACGGUGGCAUUGGUGCGGCUGCUACGCGUGGACGACACCAUUUCACGAAGGACACAGUGCGAGCAGUGCACCGAGUUAGACGCAGUCCGUCGCCGGCCGUCCGCCCUCUUCGCACCACACCAUGGGCCUGCGCAGCCUCUUCACGCCGGCGUUCCCCCUCAAGCUGAUCGAGAUCGCAAUCUGCCUCACCUGUCUGGGUAUGAUUCGCCACUACAACCUGGGCUUCGGAGGCACCGUCCACACCACCCUCGACCGCAGAUUGGUCGGCGUCAUCGCCUUCGGCGGCAUGAUCCUGGUGACGGCGCCAAUGCUGAUUGGCCUCAUCGCCGGCGAGGUCGCCAUCGAGAAGUCCUACCAGGAGGUCAUCUACAACGUCGUCGGCUUCAUCGUGAUGAUCGUGGCUGGCAUCAUGGCUCUGGAGGCGCACAACCUGCUGCGUUUCUUGGGAUUCGAGACGCGAACCGGGAAGGAAGCACGCGAAGCAGGACUGGCAAUGGGCGCGCUGGGAAUCGUCAACUCCAUCGUCUACCUCAUCGACGCCUUCGUGGCCUACCGUGUCAAGCGCACCUAG